AUGGUGGCCAAACUAGUCCUUUUCUUCUUACUUACGGCUUCUGUAUUAACAAACGGCAAUUUUCGAGGCAAUAUCGCUUUUGGCGACACCUUCGGUUCUCACAUCAUCUACCAAGAAACUCACGAGAAGUACGCAAUUCCUCUGGUGGUGAGAGAUGAGACUAUUAUUGUGAAGACUAUGGGCAAUGAAGUCAUCAAGGCGAUAAUGGUCAGCGACCUGAAGGGUGGUGGCAGAAGUUACCUGGUGGAUGGAGGAAUUGGGAGGAAAACUGUUACUAUAAAACUUGAGAGUGAACGCGGUAGUGGUUAUAAAUUCCUGGUACAAGUAUAUGCUAUUUAA